AUGACUGCUGUGGCAUCACCACCUAGUGUGCAAUCGGGGUCUCGCUUGGGAUGGUACAGCACUGGUAACGGAGGACAAGGAGCUCUGUCUUCAGCGAAUGCAGACGAAGUUUCACGGAUGUUCAUGCCACGGAAGCAAGUCCACCGCUCCAACUCCUCAUCUUCCCUCGGAUCGAACUCCUCUACAUCGACGGUGACCAGCAGCCAGCAAGAGGCCUAUGCUGAGCAAAAUUCUGGCGGUGAAGCUGGCACCUGGUCAUCGAAGAAGAAACCUACCCGGAGUCUCUGGCCUAGCUCCAAGGCCGAGCCUGUAUCAGGAGUAACAAAUACCCGAUCACAGGCAGUUCCCGCGCUCUCCUCGGGGCCAACUGCCUCAUCGACCAUGUCUGCUAUGCAUCAACCAUCAACCAUCGUCCCGUCACAACAUAUGCUCCAAUCAUCCCAGCAGAAUGGUGUUCGGCAUUCUAAUGGGCAGUCCUCGGAUCCCCCUGCUAUUCUGGCCCUGACACCGUUGAAUGGAACGUUUGAGAAGAAGCAAAUCAAUGUGCCUUUCUUCCCUGAUGUUCUACGGGUCGGUCGUCAGACGAAUGCCAAAACAGUGCCCACGCCACUGAAUGGGUAUUUCGAUUCCAAGGUCCUCUCUCGGCAGCAUGCUGAGAUAUGGGCUGAUAAAUCUGGAAAGAUCUGGAUUCGUGACGUGAAAUCCUCAAAUGGCACCUUCGUUAAUGGCCACAGGCUGUCUCCUGAGAACCGCGAAUCAGAUCCGCACGAGCUUCGUGAAAAUGACACCAUGGAAUUGGGAAUCGAUAUAGUCAGCGAGGACCAGAACACUGUUGUUCACCACAAGGUCUCUGCUAAAGUUGAACAUGCUGGCCUCUAUGGAACUACUCCGAAUAUCCUUGACCUCAAUUUUGGAGACUUGGACCCUGCUUCUGGUGGAGGCCUUCUACCAUCACCUCUUAGUCAACCACUUUCCCAUCUUCGGGGGCGAUCAGGCAGCAAUGCGAGCAACAGGAGUGCCCAGAGCACCUCCAGCAACCAGAUCAAUGCCAUGCACCAGCAACGGCAGAUGAAUUACUGGAGCUCUCCUAUUUCUGUCGAGCAGGUCGUCAAGAGACUCACGAGCGAGUUGAAAUCGGCGAAGCAGCAAUCGCAGGAUCUUCGUCAGACUGACGAGUUCUUGGCGGCGAUCAUGAAACCUGGCUAUCCUGAGAAAGAGAAGGCCACCAAGCCGACAUCUUUUGAGAACAGCGCUCCUCGUCAGCUGAAUGGUCGCCCGAAAAUGCCCCGUGUCGACUCCUUUUCCAGAUUCUCGGAACCUCCCGCUCCUCCUCCCCAGCAACCUCUCCCAGAGAAACCUGAUGCUCCACGAUCUGGGCCUGAUUCGUUCUCGCCUCUGAAACGCAGUGACACCGACAAGCCCAAGUCGGUCUCCAAUAACUCACCUGUCUCUCGUGAUUCGAGCCAGAUCUUGUCUCUUAUCGAGGCACUUUCAUCUGCCAAGCGAGAAAUCGAUAACCAAGGGGCCCGUGUCAAAGAAUUGGAAGAUAUGCUUCUCCAGGAACGAGCCGCUCGCGAGUCCGCAGAAGAGAAGGUGAAGAAGCUGGAAAUGCGCUCCGCAUCGGAUGAAGUAUCCAAGUCUGAGAGUGCUAUUCAUACACCGGAGACCGAGUCAAAGAUCAAGCUGGAGCCAAACGACUCGACAAAUGGCCUCCCUAUACCAACUGCUGUCCCUCCGCCUUCUGAAGUUGACCAGAAAGAACCAUCUGCGGAGGUGAAUACCACGCAGCUCCAGCGCCGCCUUGAAAAUAUGAUGGAAGAGAUGGAGGAGAUGAGGAAGCAAAUGACUUCAUUCAAGGAGCGCGCCGAGAAGGCCGAGGAUGAAUCGAAUGAGUCGCGCAAGUCGUUGGCUGAGAUGAUCGAAACCCUGCGAAAGGAGCGUGCGGAGGAGGAAUCGACCUCCGUGGCUGGAUCGAAGCCAGACGCACAAGGCCGGGACUUGAUGAAGACCAUCUCUGGACACACGGUCCCGACAGAGAAUGGGUCAGCCGAGUCCAAGACGGACGGCUCAUCUCCACAACGAUUUGACCCAGUCACCCCAAAGAGCAAAGAGUUCGACGCUACGGCCACUGCCUUCGCUACACAACACCGGCGUAAUUUCCUGGAGGAGGCAAGUCCAUAUGCAUCCAUGUUCGGUGUGGUUCUUCUUGGGGUUGGCUUAAUGGCCUAUCUUAACGGGUGGCAAAAGAUGGAUAAAUAA